UUGUUGGUUGCCUCCUGUGUGAUCGUCAUUUGUGUUGUGACUUUUGAGGAUGACCAAGUACGAAUGAAGUUGCAGUACGACGCGUCUGGUCUGGCUUGGUGGAAGACAUCCAUUAUUUAUCAGGUGUAUCCUAGGUCAUUCAAGGACUCGGAUGGGGAUGGAGUGGGUGACCUCAGAGGGAUAACGCAGAAGCUGGACUAUCUGGCUGACCUUGGGAUAGGUGCAAUAUGGAUCAGCCCAUUCUUCACCUCCCCUAUGAGGGACUUCGGUUACGACAUCUCCAACUACACAGAGGUCGAUUCCAUGUUUGGUACUAUGGAGGACUUCGACACCUUAUUGAAGGAGGCAAAACAGAGAGGUCUAAAGAUAAUCCUCGACUUUGUUCCUAACCACACCAGUAACGAAAGUGUGUGGUUUCAGGAGAGUAGGAAAGGACCUAACAACUCUUAUAGCGAUUAUUACAUCUGGGAGGACGGCGUCACUCUGCCGAACGGUUCCUUAGGACCUCCCAACAACUGGCUGAGUGUGUUCGGGGGUUCGGCCUGGGAAUUUGACCAUGCCCGCGGUCAGUAUUAUUACCACGCCUUCCUGAAAUCACAGGCUGAUCUAAACUUCAACGAUCCGAACGUGAAACAAGAGAUGAAGAAUGUCCUGCGGUUCUGGUUGGACAAAGGAGUUUCGGGAUUUCGGUUGGAUGCUCUCAAGUUUCUUUUUGAAUCAGAAAAUGCAACUCUAAACGAAGUUUUGUUGCCGAAUCAGUAUGAAUGGUAUGAAGACGAUACACACAAUCUGACCACAAGCUUCCCCCAAAUCAGUGACGUCAUCAAAGACUGGCGAUCACUGCUCGAUGACUACGCCUCUCGUGACAAGGAACCCAAGUUCCUGGCGGAGGAGUCGUACGCGUUAACAACAGAGAUGCGAAACGCUCAUUACAAAGCCGGUGCAAUGCCCUUCAACUUCGCCCUUCUAGACAUGAAUUCUACCUGUGGAGGAUUAUGUGUUAAGCAGUUGAUUAACAAAGGGUUGUAUGGCCUUGAGGAUGAUGCAUGGCCAAACUUCCAGGUGGGUAAUCACGAUAACAGCCGAGUGGCGUCCCGUGUGGGAAACAUGAAAUCAGGCGCUGUCACGAUGCUUCUUCUUACACUUCCGGGUACACCUACCUGUUACUAUGGUGAUGAGAUAGGCAUGACAGAUGUGUUCUAUUCAUUCAAAGAAACACAAGACCCAGCCGGCCUCAACUUUGGAGAGGACGGAUACAAGAACAGAUCGCGUGAUCCGGAGAGGUCCCCAAUGCAAUGGUCGAGAACAAGGAAUGCAGGGUUCUCAACAGGCAUACCGUGGCUUCACGUAGAGAGAAAUUUCACCCUAACGAAUGUCGAGGAACAGGCUGAAGACCCCAACUCAAUGUUGAACCUGUUUCGAAGUUUGGCGAAAAUCCGGCAGUAUCCAUCUUUUCAGAAUAGUAAACUCCAUUUCGCUGUAACCAACGACAACAUCGUGUCCUACGUCAGAAUGGCAAAGGGUUGGACCAAAUACCUCGUUAUGAUCAACUUCGGCUCAUCCGGAAGUACCGAUGACUACUCUCAGGACCCUGUUAGUUCUACUUCUGGCAAGAUUGUUGCAAAGACAAAUAAUUUUAAUUCGACAGAUAUUGAAAUAGGACACACCAUUUCUUUGGUGGACGUUACACUACAACCUGGACAAGGACUUGUCGUCAAGGUGUUCUUUCAAGAUAGUUAG